AUGGCCUCCAUCUCCGGCAUCUCCCUUUCGCCCGACCUGUCUUCCGCGUUGGGUUCGCUAGACGAGUCAACGCGUUUCCUCAAGAUAUCUAUCCGCGAUGAACAGCUCGUGCCAGAUGGUCUCCACGCCGCGCAGGGAAGCUUGUCUGACGACCUCAGUGCUCUCGAUACUCUGCUGGAGGAUGCUGUACCGGCAUAUGUACUCGCGCGUCUCGACGACGCCGCAGGAUGGCUACUGAUCGACUACGUCCCGGAGGGCUCGCGCAUUCGCGACAAGAUGUUGUACGCGUCAACUCGUGGUGCCCUCACCCGCGCUCUACCAUCCCCACCCGCCGAUACGCUCUACGCUACAACGCGACAGGAUAUCAGCGCCACGGGUUAUGCCGCGCAUCUCACACAUUUGAAGGCGCCCAAGCCUCUCUCUGCCCGCGAGAAAGAGAUGGAGGAGGUCAAGGCCGCCGAGCGUGCCGCAGGACUGAACACGCGCCCAACCCCGAGUCCGGGUGCUUUUGGAGGUAGCGGUGUAGGACUUCAAUGGGAUGAUGCACUACAGGAGGCUGUCAAGGCGCUUGGCGAAGCGGAUGCGGAGGGUGUUGUUACGGCGUCGAUAGAGGCUGGCAGCGAGAAACUGGUGUACGUGGAGGCCGCGGACAUCAGCGCUGACGAGCUCAAAAGCAAGAUCUCGACAACAGAUCCAUCCUUUGCAUUCUUCAACUAUACUGGUGGCUCACAGCCGCAAGUCGUCUUCAUCUACGCCUGUCCUUCGAGUUCCCCGAUCAAGCAUCGAAUGCUAUACUCGGCUGGUGCCGCCUCUGUAUUCAGCACGGCCAAGUCUCUCCUCCCGACUGGUCGUCUGGCGCCGCGGAAACUGGAGACGAGCGACCCGACCGAACUGGGAAGCAAGUUCUUCAAGGACGAGCUCGGAUCGGCGUCGGAGAGCACGAGUCGGACCGGAACACCCGGCGCAGGGAGUGGAGGUUUCGCACGACCCAGAGGACCUGCGAGGCGGACUCGGUGA